GCCCGUAUUUGUUCCUGUAAUACCACGACCUGCAGCCCGGGUAUGAGAUGUUUGGUCACUCGAUCUGGAAAAGCUGCCUCUAUCCAAGGUUCUACUAAGUGUCCAGGCGGAUUUCACAAGCACCGAGAUUCCUGCUAUUGGUUCUCCAACAAGAAGGGAACAUUUGACGAAGCAAUGUCACGAUGCAACCACCUUGGCGCUGACCUUGCAUCUAUCACCAGUCGAGAAGAAGAAGACUUUAUCAAAGAGUAUGCGACUCUGUCAAGAACAGGUGUGUAAGUUAAUAUUGAAGCUGAUAAGGUAUGUCACACUUCAAACUGGUAAAAUUCACCGACUUGAAUAAAUAUAACAUCAAAAUACAGAUGUGCGCUUGGA